AUGCGUAAAUCUUUACCAGAAGCCUUUAUAUUUGGAUUUACGGCGACUCCUAAAGAAGAAACCUAUCAAAACAUAAUUCACAGUUAUUCGAUGGACGAUGCCUUGCAAGAUGAAGUUAUUGUCAAAAUAGUUUAUGAAAUUUACCAGUAUCUGGAUCUAAACAAAAUUAAAAAAAAUCUCUUUCUCCCAAAAAGUGUUUUGCCAAGUUUACAAGUUAAGGGAGAAUUUUUUAAAAGAGAUUAUGAAAAUUUUUCUCUUAAUAACCAACUAAAUUCCCGACCAAAAGUGAUGUACAUUGCUCAAAGUAUUCCCACCGCACACGAAUUUUAUAAAUAUUUAUCCCAAGACCCCCAAUAUCAAAAAAACAUUUGCUUAGUUACUAGUGCCCAAGAGAAAGAAGAAGAAAAAACUAAUAUUUAUCAAUUUAAAAACACUGACUAUGUUAAUAUUGCUAUUGUGGUUGACAAAUUGACUACUGGAUUUAACUUAGAAAAUUUGCAAAGAAUUUAUUUAGACCAAAAGAUUAACUCUCCGCAUCGCCUUUUUCAAAAAAUUUCUCGGGUCAAUCGAAAAUAUCCUCACAAAAAUUUAGGCUUUGUGAUUGACUUGGCUGAUAACAAAGAAGUUUUGGAGGAAACUUUAUUAAAAUAUGUUGAAAAAGGAGUAGCUGCCAUUAUUAUGGCUAAUGGCACUUUAUCUGGAUUAAACAAAAAAGCAGCAAAUAUUCGCAAAAAUUUAAUUGAAAAUGAUGUAGUGGAUGCCAUUAUUACUCUUCCUAAUAAACUUUUUUACUCUACUUCAAUUGCCCCUUGUGUGUGGAUAUUUCGUAAGGGUAAAAAAGAAAAUGGUAUCCUUAUGAUUGACAUUUCAUCCGAUGAAUUUGGAGAAAAAGUAAGUAACAAUGAAAGAAGAUUAACUGAAAAAGAAAUUAAGAAUGUAUCGCAAAUAUACCAAGACUUUCGUCAAAAAGGUUUUAUCGAAAAAUCUAAUAUUCCUGCCCGAGUAGUUUUGCCUAACGAGAUUAGAGAAAACAAUUAUAUUUUGGUUCCGGCUCGUUAUUUAGCAAGUAAUCAAAAAGAUUUAACGCCAGAAGAGAUUGACCAAAAAUUGCUAAAAACCACUCAGGAAUUAGAAGAUUUAAUAACUGAACAAGACAAAUACCACCAAGAAUUAAAAAAGUUAUUAGCCGAGAUUAAAAAAGAAAUCGAAAGCGACGAUCAAAUCUGUUCCUUGCGUUCUGGAAAAACUCCCAGCACGAAAAAGAAAGAAUAUUGGUGUAGUCAUGAGGAGGAAUGUGAUUCGGCUCAGAAAUGUAAAAUGCCGCUUACCACAGAGAGUUCUUUGUUAUUUUUUCAUAUUGAAUGUUUACCCUUUCGUUCAGCCCAAACUAAUACCACUUGUAACCAAAUUAUUUCCCUUUUAGAACCCGACCUAAAAAUUGUUAUUCCCAACUUUUUAUAUUAUUCACUUUUGGCUAGCAAAAACAGGUUAAGGUCUAUAAGAACCGGCAGCGUCCAAAUGUUUACUAAACAAACUCAUUUAGCCUCUUUCUCCCUCACCCUCCCCCCUCUCCCCCAACAACAAAAAAUUCUUUCUUAUUUUCAACUAGUUUAUAACAAAAUACACAAAACAGAAGUUCAGUAUAAAGAUACACUUAUAAAAAUAAUUCAAAAACAUUUAGAAUUAGGAGAUUUAUUAUUUUUAAAAUAUAAAGAUAGUGAAAUUAGAAUUGAAGAUGAGUUUAACGAAAAUCAAAGAUUUGCUGCUUUUGAAGUAUUUUUAGAAAAUGGCACUAUUCCUUGGUACACGCAAACUGAUAUAUCUAGUCAAACACUCACUCCAAAAAAAUUUGUCACUCUCCAAGCAGUUAAAGAACUCUCUAUGCCUUUAACCACUAAAAAUUCUAUUUUACUUUGCAAUGUUUCUGAAGCAGUUGCUUUUUAUCCCCAAACGUCUUCCUUAUCAUGUAAUCAACAAGUUUUUAUUCUAGAACCAAUAGAAGGUAUAGUUGAGGCCAAUUAUUUAUAUUAUUUGUUAUGUGCUAAAAAAAAGGAAUUAAAUUCUCUUGCGAGAGGAACAAUAUUUAAAAGUUUAACCAAAUCUGAACUUGAAAAUUUUUCUCUUUCCCUCCCCCCUCUCCCCCAACAACAAAAAAUUCUUUCUUAUUUUCAACUAGUUUAUAACAAAAUACACAAAACAGAAGUUCAGUAUAAAGAUACACUUAUAAAAAUAAUUCAAAAACAUUUAGAAUUAGGAGAUUUAUUAUUUUUAAAAUAUAAAGAUAGUGAAAUUAGAAUUGAAGAUGAGUUUAAGUUGGUGCGGGGGAAAACACCGCCAAGCAGCGAUUAUCCCCUCCAAAAACAAAAACUUCCCUUAGAAGUAGUCCGUAAUUAUUCUCAUUUGCGAGCCAAAACCAACUACUUUUUAGCACUUUUUCGCCUCCGUCAUAGCAUCAGUAAAGCCAUCCAUGAUUUUUUCCACCAAGAAGGAUUUUACUAUGUUCCUACUCCGAUUAUUACCAGCAAUGAUGCAGAGGGAGCGGGAGAAGCCUUUACCAUUACUACUGACAAAUCAGAACCUUUUUUCUCGCAACCUGCCAACUUGACUGUCAGCGGACAACUUCACGCCGAAGCCUUAGCCCAAGGAUUAGAGCCAGAGAUAAGUUUUGCUGAUUUAGAAGCGAUAACUAACUUAGCAGAAAGAAUGAUAAAAUAUUUGGUAAACUAUGUGUUGAUUAACAAUAAGCAAGAAUUAGAAUAUUUUGCAAAGUAUAACAAGAAAGAAUUAAUUAAUAAAUUAAAAAAAAUUACCGAUGAGGAGUUUAAAAAAAUUGACUACCAUGAAUGUAUUAAAAUAUUAGCGAAAAAUAAAAAAAAUUAUAACUUUUCUGAUAUUGAAUGGGAAACAGAAGUUUUACAAACUGAACACGAAAAAUAUCUUUGUCAGUAUUUUGGUGGUAGUCCGGUUUUUGUUAUUAACUACCCUUGCGAGUUAAAAGCGUUCUACAUGAAAAACAAUCCUGACGGGAAAACUGUGGCUUGUUUUGAUUUAUUAUUUCCAGAAAUUGGAGAAUUAAUUGGGGGGGGCCUACGAGAAGAUGAUUACAAAACCUUACAAAAAAAAGCCGAUAAACAAAAUUUAGAUACCGAUGACUUAAGAAAAGCGUUGGAAGUAGAAGGCGUUGCAGCCGCAAAAAAAUGCUUGCGGGCCUUACAAAAUGGAACCGUUACCGCUUUUGGUGGCAGGUUUCGUGGAAUUAGUUAUGACAAAAACGCGAAGCGGAUGAUUAAGCAAGCCCAAAGGUCGCUAAAAGAAGCAAUUAAGAAGCAUGAGAAAGGAGAAAAUGUUGAUAUUAAAGAAGUUGCUAUCGUGCCUGCUUCUUAUUAUUGUUGGGGAGUAAUUGUUGGUGGA